AUGAAUAUUCUUGAGCAAAAAUUGAUAUAUAGUACUCUUCAUAAAGUAUACAAAGUAGUGUUGCAAAAGGCUCUAACAAAUAAAUCAAAAUCACAAUGUCUUGUCAAGGUUUUACAAGAAUUUGUAGAUGAGAAUGAUGAAUCUGAAGAAUUUUGUAAUAAUGAAAGUAGUUAG